GAUUUACCGCGAGUUGGGACAGGACAUGGAGGCGGCGGCAGUGAGCGGGUACAACGCCUGUAUUCUUGCCUAUGGACAGUCAGGCUCAGGAAAGACCUACACCGUCUUGGGGGCAUAAGGAAUCUCCCGGCUUGGCCCCCAGGAUAUGCCAGGGGCUCCUCACCCGCCUACAGCAGAGGUACGCCCCCGACGACCUCUGCGCGCAGGACUUCUCGCUCACCCUCAGCCUGGUCGAGAUCUACAAUGAGAGGGUACGGGAUCUGCUCACGGGCAAUGACCAGGGGCGGCACCUGAGGGUACGAGAGCAUCCCCACACAGGUCCCUAUGUUGAUGGUGUGACGCGCCACCCCAUCACAGACACGAGUGAAGCGUGGGCGUUGCUGGAGCGUGGGCGGGCGAGUCGCAGUGUGGCUCCCACGGCUUCCCACGCCCAUUCGUCGAGGUCCCAUGCCCUGCUGACCUUAGAUGUGACCCAGCCCGCCGCCCACACUCGCUCGGCGCUCACCUUGGUUGAUCUGGCGGGGAGUGAACGAGCGAGCGAGGAAGUUGACAAGACCAGGUUGACGGAGGGAGCCAGCAUCAACCGCUCGCUCGUGACGCUUGGCAAUGUCAUCUCUGCUCUAGCUGAACGUGGUGCGAAUUUAGGAUCCACGGUGGCAAUGUCGCCCCUGGGCUCCAACCUCUCCCUCUACAGCGCCACCUCCCGCCCCUCCUACGCGCAAUCCCACACCACAAUCCCCGACGGAUAUCCUGCCGAAGGACAGAGGAAGGCUUCCAAACUCCCCUUCAUUCCUUAUAGGGAUUCGGUGCUGACCUGGCUCUUGAAAGACACGCUUGGAGGCAAUGCUAAAACUUUGAUGAUUGCAACGAUGUCUCCGUCAAGCACUAGCUUUGCCGAGACCGUUGCAACCUUACGCUAUGCCACACGUGCGCGUUGCAUCGUCAACAUGCCCGUGGUGAACCUUGACUCUGGAACGGCCACUAUCAGGAGCUUGAAGAAAGAAGUGGCUGCCCUUCGGAGACUGUUAUGUGAUGCUAAUAAUAUUCGAUGUGAUCCGACCGAAACCACCUUGCCAUCCUCUCCUUCGACCAAGCCUUUAGCCGUCAUUACCCGUCAUGCAAGAUCACUUGGGCGCAAGUGGGGCGCACAUGGCACGUUCGGCAUAGAGCAAAGGAUCACUAGGAGCUUGAUUCUCAAAAUCGCAUCAACCAAUCGAGGACCUGCAUACCGCGAUAGACUGAGUGGAAAUCAGAAGUCGCCCGAUGGCAGUGGAGGGCCGAAGAGCGAAACCGAAGCAAGCGAGUGA